UUUUUACCAAUUUAAGAAUACGGCUGUAACCUAGCCUAAUGUGGAAAAAGUCAAGGGUUCUGAAUACUUUCCGAAGGCACUGUAUUUAGUAGGCCUAUACUAAAUACAUGCUGAUUGCUACAAUCCUGGAAAAAAAGUAGUUUGUAAUUUUAAGCAGAAUAUUGAUCUUGUGUUUUUUGUGCACCUAUGCAGAAAUAAAAUGUUAUUGACAUAUCAAAUGUCAACCCUCCAUACGCACACCCACACAUUGCUUUGUGUCAGGAGGAUGUCAGAUCCUUUGGCGUCACAGGAAGCUACUAGAGACAUAAAAACCAGUCCUCAUCCAGUGAGCCUCUGUCUUGUUUCUAUCUACCCUUUGGACACAUCUGCGUAAAUGGAAUUGAACAACAGAGCAGAGGAGUGAGACAUAUUCUCUUUCAAUAAGCCUAUAGAGCCAUACAGACAUAUACUGUAGCUAGAGAACAGCUGGUCAUGGGGAAUUUCCCCGUCAAAGUUCGAUCCAGUAUGCCAACCCUUGAGAAUCCAACUGAACCUGCAAUGUCAGACAAUAACAGGCCCAUGGUGGUGUCCCUUUAUGACUUCCCCUCCCAAGAUCCCUUGGAAUCCAGCAUCCGCAUGGGGGAGAGGCUCACUGUGUUGUCAGAUGAUGGGGAUUUUUGGAUGGUGCGAUCCACAACAACAGGCAAUGAGAGUUACAUCCCCAGCCACUACACUGCCAAAGUAAUAAACAGGUGGCAGUAUAAUGGCAUCAGCAGGUUAAAUGCAGAGGAGCUGCUGCUGAUGCCACACAAUUACACAGGGGCUUUCCUGAUACGACAGAGUCAGACAAACACAGACAGCUAUUCGCUCUCGGUCCUUGGGAGGACCGACUCCUCGUACAUGGGCACAGUGAAACACUACCGCAUCCGUCGCCUCCAAAACGGCUGGUUCUACAUCUCCCCCAGCCUCACCUUCUACACCCUGGGCCAAUUGGUGGAACACUACUCUGAGUCAGCAGAUGGGUUGUGCUGUUUACUGAGGGAGCCUUGCAUCAUCCAAGGCUCAAACAAUACUACUAUGACUAGACCGUACCCCAAAGCUAUCAGGAGGCCCACCCUCAACUGGAAGGACGUAGACAGCUCAUUGAUCUUCAGUAAGGGCAGAGUGGAUUCAGAGGACUCUCUGGUGAGCAAGGGGCUGAGGGAGGCCAUGAGCUCAUACCUCUACAUGACAGAGGCCAGCUGCCAGGACUGUGGCAAACACUGGGAUACCUGAUGAGAGGGAAGACUGAGAGUAAAAUAAUAAUACUGUCUGGUCUGCCGCUGCCGCUGCCCCGGUCCAACGGUACUAGUCCAGAAAGGGUGACCUAAACAAAAGCAUAGAGGAAGUUAAAAAGAAGUAAGCCUACCAUUUACCACCACAAUGAAAACUACAAGCACAAUUCAUGUCUUGAUGGUAAAAUGUGGGUUUGGGUUCAGGUAGCCACAAGGAGCCGUGUUACUUGGCACUUCUAAUGCUACUGGUUCUUGUUCUCAAGAGCACAUUUCACAAGGUGAAACCUAUGAUUUUUAUAUAUAUAUAUAUAUAUAUA